AAAACAGCUGUUUGCUGCGUGGUGCAUUGAUUUUUUUCAUUGAUAAAAAUUUACACACAAUUAGCGCUAUUAGAAAACGCUAAUAUUUUGCUCAUUUUUCACAGAAACCUCUAUGGAAACACAGUGCAGAGACACUUAAAUUGGUUGACGAAACAUUUAGAAGCGUAAGUGUAAAGUGAAACAGUUGUCAGCGCAUUAAACAAACGGCAAAAUAAAACCAAUACCACUCUGGCCGUGAGCGUGUCCCGAACUGAACCUAGCGAUUUAUUUAUAACGUAUUGUAUGCAAAAUGCUGUCUAGCGCCAAUUAUAUUUCGCUGCUUGUGAUAUGGUAUUCGUGUCUGCUGUUAACCUGUUUUUGUCCCAGGAGUGUGCUUGGCAACCUUAAGGUCAUCUAUGCAGUGAACGCAGGUGGCCAGGAACAUACUGACAAACAUGGCAUACAUUAUAGUGCUGAUCCAUUGCAUGGACGUAUUGGCACAGCAUCCGAUUAUGGUAAUCACCUGCUAUUGAUUGGACGUGUGCCGGAGCAAGAUGAGGUCCUUUAUCGCACUGAACGUUAUCAUACAGCCACAUUCGGCUAUACGUUGCCGAUAGACGGCGAUGGCGAGUAUGCGCUCAUAAUGAAGUUCUGCGAGGUGUAUUUCAAUGAGCCCAAUAAAAAGAUAUUUGACGUGGUUCUAAACAAUAAGCAUAUCGUAGUAAAGGAGUUAGAUAUCUUCCAUCAAGUUGGUCGUGGUACUGCGCACGAAGAGUAUGUUUACUUCAUUGUCUCCAACGACCGUCUCUACUACAAAGACGAACAAUCGGAUAUACGCAACGGUGUCGUUCGUUUAGAUUUUAUCAAAGGACCUUAUGAUAACCCCAAAAUCAAUGCCUUUGCCCUGCUCAAAGGUGAUGUGGCGAAUAUUCCACGCUUACCGCCAACAUCAGAUGACAUUCUGCCAAUGGAUGCUGAUAUGGCAGUAUUCAACGAUCGCGUCUCUGCUGAUAGUGGAAGUAGCGAAGUAACCGCUGAACAAGCACACGAACAUCAACAGCGUAUUAGAAAUGCUGCAUCCUCCCCAGUCAAUGAAGUGUUGUUGGAUGAAGAUGAAGAUAACGAGCCGGAAUCACUUUCAGCGACGCGAAAGGUUAGUGGGCCACGACAGCCGAAUCCAUAUUCCAUGGAUGAUUCAUCAGUUAUGCUACCGGUAUUCAUAGCGAUUGGUGCGUUCAUACCGUUGCUUUUCUGCCUCUGCAAGUUGUGAUGUGUUGAAUAUUACAAAGGAACUAAUGUUAGGAGCAAAACCAUUUGGUUUUUGAACAAAAUUUAGAUAAAAGAAAAUGGUACGAAAUGAAGUGAUAUUGUGAUCUUCGCAACUUCAAUUCGGUAUCCGGAUAAAAUGAAGUCUAGUAUUUAUUGAUCAACGAAGAUUACUUCGAGUCGAAGCGCUACUUAAAUGCCUAUCGCUGCCUAUAAGUUUCUCCUGUUUGCCCCCAAAUAGCUGCUUGAUCUCCGUGUACUUUUUUUUACUUUUAUUUUUUAUAUUUUGUGCUAUUCAACAAUUCAAUUUAUGUGGGUUCUGGUAGCUAAUUUAUUUAUCUCUAAAUGGACAUUUAUAUUUAUAUGAAAUUUAAUGAGCUCAAUACACAAUUUGUAAAUGCGUAUACACAUAAGUUUCGGAAUAAGUUUAUUUUGGGUUGUGAAAGAUUGGAAUAGCGUGAAAUGUGGGUACUUAUAAUGCGUUGAUAAGAUAACUAUUCCAAAUAUAAACAAAAAAUAAACAAUAAUAUUAAUCAAUGCUCAGAGCACUUUGUUUUCAACGCACAAUACAAAAUAAAUAUAAAACAGUGGAUUUCUUGUGCGCUGGAUCAUUCUUAAUUAAAGAAAAAUAUAAAACUUAAAGUAUUAAAAUUUGAAUAACGAGGCAUGUACACGUAUUUUAGAAUUUCAUAGUUCUGCUUCGCGAAAUUACUCGAAUUAACACUUGCCCUACUAUUUGAAAAUUACACACUAUUCUUAGUAGUACCUAGAAAAACUAAAUUAACUGUAAACAAAUUUUAUUUUAUGUGGUAGUUAAAGAAAUUUCGAAAAAUGGAUUUGUGUCAAAUUAA